AUGGAGAUGGCAUUGAGUAAAGGGUGUGGUGGGAGUGGUGGUGGUGUUGGGGAGAGAGAUCUACGGUGGGGGAUGAAGAGAGAGAAGAGAGAGAAGCAUUAUCCACCGCCCAUGCCAUCGCUGGCACGUACCGGGAACUUGCCGUCACACAUGCCGUGGGUGUUGAAGAAAUGCUACACCGGCGAUGGAAGAUUGGUAAUAACAGAAGAGAAAGUGAAGCAUCACGGGUACUUCAGGGCUCACAGAUCCAAUGGCCGUCUCACUCUGCAUCUCGUUCCCCUGGACGACGGCGUUUUGGAUUCUCAUGAUGACAAUGAAGUGUUUCAAGAAGAAGAAGAAAAGAUGAAUGAUAUUGUCGAAGCCCAGUAUGAUAAGAACACCAAUCAGUCUGAUCACGAUGAUAAUGAUGAGAAUGAGAGUGGUGAUGAGGGGGAAAAUGGAGGGGCAGUGGUGUUGCCGGAGGCAAUGAUUAGGUCGCCGGACGAUGCUGGUUUGAGUAUUAUGGGGGGUGGCGGUGGUGGGGGUGGCGGCAAUUUUUACAACUACGGUAGUCUGAGAUCGAGCUCGUGUAUGCUUGGUAUGCCAGUACUAUCGAUAAGGCAAGUUCACAUAUAG